GGAGUGGUUUGCUAUAGAAUAGAACUCUUUUAUCAUAAAGAUAACAUAACAAAUAGCUUUCACGAAUUUGUGAGCUGCUAAGCAUCUAUAUCCUAGUCUGUUUUCAUGGCAAAAACAACUCACAUAGCUAUCGUUUCAAGUCCUGGUUUCGGCCACCUAGUUCCAAUAAUUGAGUUCAGCAAGCGACUUAUAAAGAAUCACCCAAAUUUUCAUGUUACUUGCAUCAUUCCCUCACUCGGGUCACCCACAGAAUCCUCCAAAGCUUACCUCAAAACACUUCCUUCAUUUAUUGACUUCAUUUUUCUUCCUCCAAUUAACAAAGAACAAUUACCACAAGGAGUAUACGUUGGACGCAAAAUUCAACUCACUGUUUCUUAUUCUCUGCCAUCAAUACAUGAGGUUCUGAAAUCCUUGUCCUCUAAGGUCCCUUUAACUGCGUUGGUGGUAGAUAUUCUAGCACUCCAAGCCUUGGAAUUUGCAAAGGAAUUCAAUGCCUUGUCCUAUUUUUACUUCCCUAGUUCAGCUAUGGUGUUGUCACUGCUUCUACACCUGCCAAAACUUGAUGAGGAAGUUUCAGGUGAGUACAAGGAUCUAAUAGAACCUAUAAAGUUACCAGGUUGUGUACCACUCUUGGGGGUUGAUCUUCCAGAUGCAAUCCGAAAUCGACCAGUUGAAUAUUACCAACAUCUUCUUAAAAGUGCCAAAGAAAUGCUUAAAACUGAUGGGAUUAUUAUCAACACCUUCUUGGAAAUGGAACCAGGUGCUAUAAGAGCAUUGGAAGAGUUUGGAAAUGGGAAGAGCAGAUUGUACCCAGUUGGACCCAUUACACAAAAAGGGUCAAUCAAUGAGGCUGAUAAGUGUUUAAGAUGGUUGGACAAUCAUCCCCCUUGUUCAGUGUUGUAUGUUUCUUUUGGAAGUGGUGGAACACUCUCUCAACACCAAAUCAAUGAGCUAGCCGCGGGUUUGGAAUGGAGUGGUCAAAGGUUCUUGUGGGUUUUGAGAGCACCAAGUAAUUCAGCUAGUGCUGCUUACCUUGAGACUGAAAAUGAGGAUCCUUUGAAAUUCUUACCAAGUGGGUUUUUGGAAAGGACAAAGGAGAAAGGUUUGGUUGUGGCUUCAUGGGCACCUCAGGUUCAGGUCCUUAGUCACAAUUCAGUUGGAGGGUUCCUAAGCCAUUGUGGUUGGAACUCGAUUUUGGAGAGUGUGCAAGAGGGAGUGCCUCUAAUAACAUGGCCACUCUUUGCAGAGCAGAAGAUGAAUGCAGUGAUGUUAGCCGAUGGACUCAAAGUAGCAUUGAGGCCAAAAGUUAAUGAGGUUGGCAUAGUGGAAAAGGAGGAAAUUGCAGGAGUGAUAAAGUGUCUGAUGGAAGGGGGGGAAGGUAAAGGGAUGCGUGAAAGAAUGGGGAAUUUAAAAGAUUCUGCUACUAAUGCACUGAAGGAUGGUUCUUCUACACAGACACUGACUCAGUUGGCUAGACAGUGGGAAUGUUUGAGUGGGAUUUAGGAAAAUUGUUUUACUGACUUAGUUUUGUUUUGUGUUAUUUUCUUAAUUUGUUUUCUGUAUGGGGGGAAUGUUUUCUUGUGUGGUUUCUAAGAUAUGUUGCAUCUUUGACCAUGACACACGGUUACUUGGUUUUCAAUUUAAAUUUCACUUUUCUACAUAAAUUUAUUUGAGUAAACUCCUAUUUUCGUUCCUUAAA